CAGUUGCAUCAACGAGAGCUCGCCGGAGCUCCACCACCGCGACAUCAACCUCACGCCCACUCCCUCCGCCACGAUCGACCAUACCUACCACCAUUCACCGCCGUAACCUUUCUCCGAUCUCCAGAACACCAGUGCCGCAACCAUGGACUCGUUAGUGGCGCAGUACAGCCGACCCAUCGAUGCGGAGGAGGGCCAGACAGAGGAGCAGCAGCUUGAGCUGUACAGCAGCGCGCCAGAGCUGUCUCUCAAGUUUGCCCUGCCACCAGUCGCUCAGGCACAAUCAUGGCUCCGCGCAAUGACAGACGACUACUCCAACCCCAACUGCCCCAUCAAGAUUGCCCACGGUACCACAACCCUCGCCUUCCGGUUCAAGGGCGGCAUCAUCGUAGCAACCGACUCGCGAGCAACGGCCGGCAACUGGAUAGCAAGUCAGACAGUGAAGAAGGUCAUCGAGAUCAACAGCUGUUUACUGGGGACCAUGGCCGGUGGCGCUGCUGACUGCCAAUACUGGCUGGCGUACUUGGGCAUGCAAUGCCGCCUCCACGAGCUCCGACACAAGCGCCGCAUCUCCGUCGCGGCAGCGUCCAAGAUUCUCGCGAACUUGGUCUACUCGUACAAGGGCAUGGGCCUGAGCAUGGUAUGCAUAUCCCAACCACACUCGGUUGAUCUCACUUCUGACAUGUUGUUUCAGGGUACCAUGUGCGCCGGUGUCACCCCGCAAGAAGGACCCGCUCUCUACUACAUCGACAGCGACGGCACCCGUCUCGCCGGUAACCUCUUCUGUGUCGGUUCCGGUCAGACCUUCGCCUACGGUGUGCUCGACGCACAAUACAAGUACGAUCUCGAGGACGACGAGGCGCUGGAGCUCGGAAGGAGGAGUAUCUUGGCCGCCACCCACCGUGAUGCCUACUCCGGUGGUUUCAUCAACCUGUACCACGUCAAGGAGGACGGAUGGGUCAAGCACGGCUUCAACGACACCAACCCGAUCUUCUGGGAGACGAAGCUGAACAAGGGCGAGUUCUCGAACGUCACUAGCGAACUGGUAUAGACGAGGCUGGAAGUGAGCAGGAGGAGAUGGAGACUUGCAGAAGCUACAUGGUGCCGCAGCAAACGUGGAAAGAGCCAUGUACAACGCGCGUUAAACGACAUGAAUGAA